AUGUCGCAGCCGCCGGUGAAUGUGAAACUAGCUUUACCUCAAAAACCUGCGUUCAUCAAUCGACCGGGUGUGGUUCAAGUUCUUCAAACUGGACCCUCAAUCGGGAGUCAGACAAUCAUACAGCAGCGAUCUCCGUCUUUCAAGUCGUUCACAACCGUACGGCCGUACGUCCCCGCGGCUGGGGUUCCUGUGAAUACCAACACAGCUAUACAAUAUGUUAGGAAACAGGAAAUGACAGUGAUAAAUUCGGCUGGUGGAUUUGUCGCCUCUCCGCUGGCCCAGUCCUUCACUCCCUAUGGAAGUCCAUUAAUGACUCUGAAUCCGAAUGUCAUUCAACCACUGUCGGGACAUGGAGUGCCUCCAGGCUCAGUCACUGGAUUAGGGACUUCUGGUCCAAUAUUGUCAAGUUUGGCGAACUCUCGAAAGCCCUGCAACUGUACUAAGUCGCAUUGUUUGAAGCUUUAUUGCGAAUGUUUUGCUCAGGGUCAGCUCUGUCAGAAUUGCAACUGCAACAAUUGUAUGAAUAACCUGGCCUAUGAGGAAGAAAGGGGCCGGGCUAUUAAAAUGACAUUGGAACGGAACCCCACAGCCUUUCAUCCCAAAAUUGGCCGAGGCGAGGGUGAGCGCAAACAUACCAAGGGGUGCAACUGCAAACGUUCCGGUUGUUUGAAAAAUUACUGUGAGUGUUACGAGGCGAAGAUUAGUUGUUCCGAUCUCUGUCGAUGUCAAGGUUGCCGAAACACGGAAGACAGUGUUGAAAGACGAUCCCUGAUGCGUUUGGCAGCAAUGGGUUCUUUACGAUCGCGACAGCCGGCUUCCUUCAAAAAACAUCUCGUAAAACCUCCCUCUGAAACAAUAUCCACAUUCAGUACUGGGCAUCAAGCUGUGCGCACUACUAUCUCACCUGUCCCCCAGCCGCCAAUUCUGUCAUCGAAUUCGGAACCGAUGUAUUCUGCGUCUCCGCUGAUCGAGGCUACUGUAGGUUGCCUCCUUGCACAAGCGGAGGAAGCUGAGCGUCGCGAUCUGCCUCCUGCCGCCCAAGAACGAAUAAUAUUAGAGGAGUUUGGUCGCAUCCUGGAGCAUGUCAUCGACUCUGCAAGCAAGCGAGUCCCCACAUCUCACCGGUCUGGCCAUGGACAUACCGAUCUUUUGGAUGAUGACAUGCUAAGUGAAGAUGAUGGCAUGUCCGGCGGUCGAAACUUAGCUGGUUUGAUGUCUCACAAAUAUCGGCAAGCCAUGGGAUCAAGGAGCAGAUCUUCGCAUUCGAUGGAGGCGCGUUACCGGCCGCAUCAUUCAAGACGUAGCACGUCUGGUGGACGCGGUCACGAGCAUCAUGAUCCUGACUCAAUGAUAUAA